AGGAGGCAGCUAUGGAUGAGGAGCCAGAGGAAGUUUCCUCCUCCUCCCCUCCUGAACUCGAUCGUUGCGAACAGGUCUUGUGAUCCGAUGAUGUUCAUGUUCUGGCCGGAUCACAUUGUAACUGUGAGAUACCGACCAAGAUGCAGUACGACGGACAGCAACUGUAGUUUCAAUCAGAUGAAGUGCAUCACUGUCUUUCUUGUGCUGUCGCUGGUCGUUCUCAUGGCUGAACCCGGGGAGGGUUUUAUCCAUCACAUUAUCGGAGGACUUUUUAGCGUCGGGCAUCACAUCCAUGAUCUCAUUCGUGGAGCACGUCAAGAAGCGAAGAUGGAGCAGCGAGAGCUGGAACGUACUUUCGACCGAGAGCAAGCUUUUAACUGAGUCUAUGCUGAGACAUCUGAAAGAGCUACCUUGUCUAAAGAGAAAUGCUUCUUCCUCUUUAUCAUGACAUUUCAAUAAAAUCCUUGAGCUUCAUUAUGGAACA